AUGAGCGCUGUCGAAGAGAGAAGUGCCGAAAAAAGACAUCUCGACAAAGAUGAUGAAAAUGAGGUUGCUACCAAGGAGCCAAGAUUGGACAACGGAAAAACUGAGGACGAAAUCGUCAAGGAGAAGCCCGUGAAAGAAGCUGAAGCCGAGGCCGAAGAGGAAGAGGAUGAUGAUGAUGAAGAUGACGAGGAUGUUGAUGAUGAAGAUGUAAACGAUGAAUCUUCCGAAGGAGAAGGAUCUGAGGGUGAAGGAGAAUCUGGAGAUGAUGAUGGAGAUGACGGUGAUGAUGGUGAAGAAGGUGAUGAGGGAGAUGAUGGUGAAGCUGGAGAAGAAAGCGAUUAA